AUGGGAAAAGAAUCGAAGAAAUCGUUGCUUGGAGUACUGGUGAUGUUUUCUGCCGUAAUACUGAUCAUGAUCUUGCCGAGCAUGAUCGAGUCCGGUGCAGUCCCUGAUCAUCGCAGAAAUACUAGUACUGGGUGCGAUGCUUCGGUUGGAGAAUGCAGCCGAGAAUUAGCAGAGCAGCUCGAUGACUACCAAAUAUCCCCAGCUCCAGAACCAGAACCGUCCAUUCAGUACAGCUACUAUGCUAGGGAUUAUAUAGCAUACAGAUCUCUCUCCCGGACACCAGUCUGUAGUUUAAAAAGAUAUGCUAAUUGCUUAGUCCCUGUGCGUGGACGGACGCGAUCAUGCUCCACUUACGAUCGAUGCCAACGCGGUCGCACCGGCUGA